AUGCACCAAUAUCAUCUGCUGCUUCUUGUUUGUUCAGUUGGUCUACAGGUUUUAGGAUAUACCUCGGCGGCGCAGCACUACGUCCGCGAACACACGUGGGUUUUUGAAAUUUUAAAAUUUAAAAAAACUGUAAAAACUUUUACAAGCUGGCUUGAACGAAAGGUAGGGUAGGGCAAGGUAAGAAAUACUUUUACGAAAUAAAAAAGCUUGGAUAGGGUAGGCUUAAUAGGAGUUUAAAUGCUGUCCCGAUCUUUUUACAAGGCUAAAGUAGAGCGAAGAUAUAAUUAGAGUAACAGAAGGGUAAGGUAAGGUACAACAAUGGUAGAGCAAAAGACAGGUUGGGCAGGACUAUAGUGAAGUAUUAGUUUUGACAUAAAGAACCCGCCAUUUUUUACAGGAAAUUACAUUCAAAGUAUGGCGGGUUCUUUAUGUCGGCACCUAAUAAAAGUAAGGCGUAGAUAAGCUAGAGCUCUAAAUGUAUCAAGUAGUAUUAGGCAAGGGUUAAGCUAAAGCCAUAACCAAACUUAAAAGCAUGACCUUGAGCUAGGCUUUGGAAUAGUGUUAGGGCUAAGCCUGACCUUUUGCGAAAGUAAUGUUUUUUAUUUCAGAUUCAAAAAUAGAUAUUGUUACAGUUGCAUGUCACGGGAUUUCGAGAAACACUGGUCGUAUUUGGAUCAGGUAAGCAUGGAUUUCAAUUUUAAUGCCUGCUGGCUUGGCCCGUUUUGAUUUUUUUUGGCCCGACCUAUUUUAUAAACAAAGAUAUGACAAUAGUAUGUUGACAAUAAUAAUAUUAGUGUCAUUAUUUGAUGUAUUGUAGGCAUGUAGAUUUGUGCUAUAUAAAGCACAAUUUUAUUUACGGCUCAUAAAUUAUGUUUUGUAAAGAAAUUUCUUGCCAUUUCUUAUUUUGUAAAGAAAGUUUACGCCACGAUUUGUUUAUAUUUUGAUGUUGUUUAAGAAUCGAAAAGCCGAAACACCCCUCAGGCUGACAUAAAUUGUAAUUCGAUCCGUUGAGAUGGAGCAGAAAAAAACUUUUGUCAUAUUAUUUGGCUUCGAAGCAUUAAAUGGGGCCUUUCCGUCGUAAAAUUUGUUAUAAAAUUUGUUGUGCCAUCAUAAAAAGUUGAAAUGAAAGUAACACAAUGCCAGGCCAAGCGAGAGGAAUUUAAUCAGCCGGCUGACGCUAAUUCUCCGGUCUGGCUAAUAUGGGGAGGGGGGGGAGGGGUUAUGAUAAAAAUGGGGUAUAAUAUGAAAAAUGGCAAGAACAUUCUUUACAAAACAAAAAAUGGCAAUAACUUCCUUUACAAAAAAAAUAGCAAGAACUUUCUUUACAAAACAAGACAUUGCAAGAACUUUCUUUACAGCGAAAAAUGUAAAAAUUUCAAAAUAAAAAAAAAUUUAAUAUCUUCUCCUACCAAAAUAUAAAAAAGUGUUAAAAAACAUUAAACAUGACCCAUUUACCAUGAAUCAAACCCAUUCUUCAGAUUUACUAUCGGCCAAUUAAUUUUACGGAUGAGUGCCAUUCGAUGGCUCCGGAGAAAUUUAUUGGCCGUCAGCCUUGUAGUCAUUCAUUAUGUGUUACCGUAGUGGAGCCGAGAGUAUUGGCAGGUACGUUUUUUCAUGAUAGUACUAUGUAGCACUAUUGAUGUUUGAAAGAGCACUCGUACUCAAUAGCUCUGGAGUUAAUCUUUUGUACUUGUACUUAAUAGCACUAGUGUUCAUCUUUCACACUCGUACUCAAUAGCACUGGUACUGUUUUAUAAGUUCUACUAGCGCUUUCUAUAUGCUAUCUAUUACUGUAUAGUACUAGAAUAACACUAUGAUACUUGAUAGUACUAAUGGUACUAUAUAGUAGAAAUAGUACAUAGUGGCACUAUAGUACUGUUGGAUACUACUAAAAGUAUUGUGUAGUUUAUGCUUUAGAUAACUACUAGUACUAUAUAGUAUCAGUACUAGUAAGUAUGCAUAUUUGAUAGCACUUAUAGUACUUGAAAGCACUCUUAAUACUGUAUAGUACUAUUAGUCUUUUAUAUCACUACUAGUACUCUAUGUGUAGUACCAGUACUGGUACUUGAUAACACUACUAGUAAUACAUAAAAAUGAAUUUUUGAGUUUAAAACCGAGUGUUUGAGACGAAGAACCACCGUUUUAUGCUUGAACAACUCAAGAACAAUACCAUUUUCAUCGCUUUUUAGACCAUUGAAACAAUUUUUAGGCCGCUACGUGGGAAACAACGUCAUCCGCGGAUGCUUUUCGACCGUGUUCAAGUACGGCGAAGUGCCUGUUAACACUGUGGCAGGUAUGACAUUGCUAAAUAUAACCCUACCCUACCCUACCCUACCCUGACUUGGUUUGGCUUGGCUUGGCUUGGCUUAGCUUGCUGUGCCGCGCCCUGCCUUGCCCUGCUCUGCUUUUCCCUGCCUUUGUCCAGCGCAACCCAGCCCAGCCCAGCCCAGCCUAGCCCAGCCCAGCCCAGCCCAGCCCAGCCCAGCCCAGCCCAGCCCAGCCCAGCCCAGCCCGACCCAGCCCAGCCCAGCCCAGCCCAGCCCAGCCCAGCCCAGCAAAACCCAGCCUAGCCCAGCCUAG